AUGUCUACGGAACGACGCAUCAAAUCGCUCAAACUACGGCAGCGUAGUAUCCAGACGUCCUUCGAUCUCAUCAAGGCGUUCGUGAAUUCUUACGAGGACGAUACUGACGCCAGCCAAGUUCCGGUACGAUUAGAGCAUCUUGUAUCGCUCUGGUCAGACUUCAACAAGGUACAAACGGAGCUUGAAUCACUCGAUGAAGUCGGUAUUGAACAGCAGUUCAAGUAUCGCACCAGCUUUGAAUCGUCCUACUACAAAGUAAAGGGCUUUUUGCUCAUCAUUAAUAAAACACCCGUUACACCAUGCGUCGCUUCUAGUUCUCCUUAUGCUGGUCAUUUCCCUCCAUCGGCAUCGCACGUGCGCUUGCCCGAUGUAAAGCUCCCAGUGUUCAAUGGAAACUUAGACAAUUGGCUCAACUUCCACGAUUUGUAUUUGUCACUUGUCCACUCAUCGGCAGAACUAUCGAACAUACAAAAAUUCUACUACUUGCGCUCGUCCCUGACUGGGGACGCUUUAAAAUUGGUUCAAACAAUACCCAUUAGUGCCAACAAUUAUGCGGUAGCCUGGAACAUGCUAGUGGACCACUACCAGAACCCAGCGAGGCUGAAGCAGACCUAUGUGGAUGCCCUGUUUGACUUUGCCACCAUCAAGCGAGAAUCUGCUUCGGACCUACAUUCGCUCGUGGAGAAGUUUGAAGCCAACGUCAAGGUGUUGCAGCAGUUGGGCGAGCAAACGCAAUAUUGGGACAUCAUUCUUAUUCGCAUGCUCAGUAUACGACUGGACUCAACAACACGGAGAGACUGGGAAGAAUACGCGUCAACUAAGGACACAAUAUCAUUCAACGACCUCACAGCUUUCAUUCAGCGUCGCGUGACUGUGCUGCAAAAUAUUCACCCCAAAGCCGUCGAAGCACCGGCAGUAACUAGUAAUGUGAAAAGGCCAAACUUUCGUCCAGUUGCUAGUAACGGAGCUAGUCAGUUUAAUCCCCGAAAGUGUGUCAUGUGCAGUGAGCAUCACCCGUUAUACCAGUGUUCAACAUUCUCAAAGAUGCCCUUAGAAGACAAGGAGAGGGAAGUACGUCGUCAUCAGCUGUGUCGUAAUUGUUUGCGUAGGGGACACUUAGCCAAAGAUUGUUCGUCAUCCAGUACGUGUCGCAAAUGUCAAGGUCACCAUCAUACUCAAUUGUGUGCUAGUGGGGUUAAUCAUGGGAAGUCAAUAGAUUCGUCUGCCUCCAAACAAUCAUCUUCGCAAUUGCCCGAACAGCAAUCAGCACCGUCAAUAUCAGCCACUGUCGUCGAACGUGUCAACUACUCGACAUCGAGCCACGGGCGGCAAUGCGUUCUUUUAGCUACUGCCGUCGUUAUCUUAGUAGACGACAACGGAAACCAGCACACUGCAAGGGCACUUUUAGACUCCGGUAGUGAGUGCUGCUUUAUUAGUGAGGCUCUCGCCCAAACACUCAAAGUUCAGCGGAAAAAGAUAUCACUCCCGAUCGCGGGAAUCGGGCAAUCAUCCACUCAGGCCCGCCAGAAAUUUGCAACAACAGUACGGUCUCGCAUCAGCAAUUACACUGCUAAUUUAGAGUUUCUAGUCCUCCCAAGGCUCACUGUAGACUUACCAACAGCUUCUGUUGACAUCACAUCUUGGCGAAUCCCACCUGAAAUUCAAUUAGCAGAUCCAUCAUUUUGUAAGGCCAAUCCAGUCGACCUCAUCCUAGGCGUCGAAGUCUUUUUUGAUCUCUUCAAGGUGUCAGGCAGAAUUCCAUUAGGCGACUCGAUGCCAGUGCUUGUAAACUCGGUACUUGGCUGGAUAGUAGCGGGAAAGACCACGCACUGCAAGCCCAUCACUCCCGUCGUGGCGAACGUAGCUACAAUUUCUGAUAUACAUAAAUUGAUGGAAAAAUUUUGGACAUUGGAGGAAGGUCAUUCGUCUCCCUGCUAUUCGGUAGAAGAAGCGGAAUGCGAGGAACAUUUCCGUCAAACCGUCUCUCGUGCGCCAGAAGGACGGUACAUCGUCAGACUCCCACUAAAACGGGACACACUAGCCAAUUUAAGCGAUAAUCGCGGCACUGCUAUCAGACGGUUCCAUUUGUUAGAACGUCGGUUAGCACGUAACGAAGAGUUAAGUCAAAGGUAUAGCGAAUUUAUGGACGAAUACUAUACUCUCGGACACAUGGAACGUGUCGACAACCCGCAAGCAAUAACUAAACCGUGUUUUCACCUCCCCCAUCAUGCCGUGGUACGUGAGAGCAGCUCAACAACAAAAGUGCGAGUCGUCUUCGACGCUUCGUGCAAGUCAACCAGUGGACCAUCUUUAAAUGACGCUCUGAUGAUAGGUCCAAUUGUGCAAGAUGAGUUAAGGUCCAUCAUCAUGCGUUCUCGGAAGCAUUCUGUAAUGCUCAUCGCAGACAUUAAGCAAAUGUUUCGGCAAAUUCUGCUGCACGAGCAAGACACUCCUCUGCAACGAAUUGUUUGGCGAAAUUCAACUGACGCACCCAUCGACACAUUUGAACUCAAAACCGUUACUUACGGAACGGCCAGCGCUCCUUUCUUAGCCACACGAGUGUUAAAACAACUAGCCGAAGACGAACGAACUAAUUUCCCUGAAGCAACUGCUGUACUCGAAAAAGACUUUUACGUAGACGACUUGUUCACUGGCGCGCGAAACAUUAAUGAAGCUACAACACUACGGAAGCAUCUACAAAUUCUCCUAGCGAAAGGCGGAUUCGAGUUGCGUAAAUGGGCAUCGAACGAGGAAGCUGUUCUAGAAGGCAUCCCAAAUGAAAAUCGUGCGCUCCAGCCAUCCGUCGAUUUCCAUCGUGAUCAAUGCAUCAAAACACUUGGCUUGCACUGGGAACCGGCUUCAGAUGUACUGCGAUACAAAAUCCAACUACCCAGUUCGGAUACAACCACCUCACUCACCAAACGAAUCGCACUCUCACAAAUCGCUCAAUUAUUCGACCCACUUGGAUUGGUGGGUCCGGUUGUUACAACGGCUAAACUUUACAUGCAAGCACUAUGGACGAUGAAGGACGAAAAUGGACACUCCUGGGGAUGGGAUCAAGUACUCCCGAAAGCGAUGAUAGAACGUUGGAUUGCCUACCAAUCUCAACUUCCCCUUCUGAACGAGCUGAGCAUCGAACGCUGCGUGCUGUGCCCAAAUCCAACAACGAUUCAACUACAUUUGUUUUCUGAUGCUUCGGAACGUGCCUACGGGGCAUGUGUUUAUGUACGGUCAACAAAUUCAGCAGGCACCGUCAAAGUCGCCCUGCUAACAACUAAAUCGAAGAUUGCACCACUCAAGCAACAAACCAUCCCACGAUUGGAACUGUGUGGGGCCUUACUAGCAGCACAACUUUAUGAAAGGGUCGUCGAAUCUCUACAACUACCAGUCCAAACAUUCUUCUGGGUGGACUCAACUACGGUACUUAGCUGGCUCCAAUCACCACCCACAACUUGGACCACCUUCGUAGCAAACCGUGUUUCCAAAAUUCAACAAGCAACGGUGAAUUGUACCUGGCGACACGUAGCAGGCAAGGAAAAUCCUGCCGACCAUCUAUCACGAGGAAUGACAGCAGAGACACUCCUAGAAUGUGUCAACUGGUGGCAGGGAACAACCUGGUUGCACCUUGAUGACAACGAAUGGCCCAUACAAUGUCCAUUUGCAAUCGAGGAUCCUGAAGCAUCCAUUGAGGCGCGCAAAGUAAGUUGCACAGUAGCACCGGUGGAACCCGAACCAUCCUUCAUCGACCAGCUCGUCAGUAGAUUCUCCCAAUAUCAACGAAUGCUGCGGAUCGUCGCAUAUUGUCUUAGAUUUCCUAGAAACUGCCAACUCGCAAAGGAAAAUCGACCAGAGAACACCUGCGUUACUGUAAACGAAACACAAGAAGCAGAAACAAUUUUAAUUAGACUCGUUCAGCAGCAAUCAUUUGUGGAAGAAUGGCGGUUAAUCGAAAAAUCAAUGCCAGUUUCCACGAAAUCACGAAUCAAAUGGUUUCAUCCCAUGCUAUCAUCCCCUGAGCGCCUGAUGCGCAUUGGAGGAAGGAUAAAUCAAUCCCAGCAACCCUACGACGCGAAACAUCAAAUCAUCCUACCGUCAUCUCAUCAUUUGUCAACUCUACUGGUAAGAAGUUAUCAUGAGCGACACCUUCAUGCCGCUCCCCAGCUGCUAGUCAGCAUUCUACGUCUCCGGUAUUGGAUUAUAGGAGCCAGGAACUUGGCACGCACAAUUGUCCACAAGUGUGUUGUUUGUGUCAGAGCUCGUCCAAAACUAAUCGAACAGUUCAUGGCUGAACUACCAGCGAAACGCAUCAUCGCCUCUCGACCGUUUUCAGCAACUGGUGUUGACUACUGGGGUCCUAUACUGUUACAGCCACCUCACCGUCGAGCCGCUGCGCGGAAGGCCUACGUAGCCGUUUUUAUAUGUUUUUGCACAAAGGCUGUGCACCUGGAACUGGUGGCAGACCUCAGCACUCAAAAAUUCAUACAAGCACUUAGACGUUUCGUUGCUCGUCGUGGAUUGUGUUCCAACCUAUACAGCGACAAUGGCAGAAAUUUUGUUGGAGCUGCUAACGAACUAAAAACUCUCAUUCGCAGCAAAGAACAUCAGCAAGCAAUUUUCCAGGAGUGCAACGAAACCGGAAUCAAAUGGCACUUUAACCCACCUAAAGCUUCACAUUUUGGCGGCUUAUGGGAGGCUGCCAUUCAAUCGGCACAGAAACAUUUUGUUCGAGUUUUGGGAAACCGUUCACUAGCUCAUGACGACAUGGAAACACUAUUAGCGCAAAUUGAAUCCUGCCUCAAUUCGAGACCAAUCGUGCCUCUCAGUGACGAUCCUUCGGACUACAACCCACUAACACCAGGACACUUCUUGACGGGGUCAGCAUUGAAGGCCGUUCCUGAUGUCGAUCUGUCCACUGUGCCUUUCAAUCGCCUAAGACAGUGGCAGCAGACUCAAAAAAUCCUGCAGGAUGUAUGGAGAAGAUGGCACACCGAGUAUCUCUCAACUCUUCAGGCGAGAACGAAGUGGUGCAAUCCACCAGUACAGCUCGCCAAAAACCAGCUUGUUAUUAUCAAGGAGGAAAACUUGGCUCCCAUGCGAUGGCCAACUGCUAGGAUUCACGAACUGCAUCCUGGUCCGGAUGGCAUCACCAGAGUAGUUACACUACAAACACCACAAGGGAAAUUUACUCGUCCUGUUGCGAAGCUUUGUUUACUUCCCGUCGUGUCAUCUGAUGAAUCAAAGGCAGCAGAAGCGGAUCACCUGAAAUAA